UUCCCCCCCCUUCUCUCCGUUGGUCGCGGCCGGAGCGGGCGGGUGGGGAGCGCGGCGCGUACCACUGCGCGGAGGGGGCAGGGGGGCGCGGCGGGCGGGGCCGGAUGCAGGCGGCGCGGCGGGCGCUGUGGCCGGGCUGCGAGCGGCGCAGGAUGAAGGUGCUGGUGGCGGCGGCGGCGCUGGGCGCUGCGCUCCUGCUCCUGCUGCCCGCCGCAUCGCGGGCCGACGAGCGCAAGAAGGGGCCCAAGGUCACCGCCAAGGUGUUCUUCGACCUGCGGAUCGGUGAGGAGGACGCAGGCCGCGUCGUCAUCGGGCUCUUUGGCAAGACGGUGCCCAAGACGGUGGAGAACUUCGUGGCCUUGGCCACUGGAGAGAAAGGGUUCGGCUUCAAGGGCAGCAAGUUCCACCGUGUGAUCAAGGACUUCAUGAUCCAGGGAGGAGACUUCACCCGCGGGGACGGCACUGGAGGAAAGAGUAUUUAUGGGGACCGCUUCCCCGACGAGAACUUCAAGCUGAAGCACUACGGCCCGGGCUGGGUGAGCAUGGCCAACGCCGGCAAGGACACCAACGGCUCCCAGUUCUUCAUCACCACGGUGAAGACGCCGUGGCUGGACGGCAAGCACGUGGUGUUCGGCAAAGUGCUGGAGGGCAUGGACGUGGUGAGGAAGGUGGAGAGCACUAAGACCGACAGCCGGGACAAGCCGCUCAAGGACGUCACCAUCGCCGACUGCGGGACCAUCGAGGUGGAGAAGCCGUUCGCCAUCGCCAAGGAGUAAACGCGCCCCCCGCCACCUCCCAGCCAUCAGGACAGGGCGCCGGCUCCUCUGCCAUCACUUUUGUAAGAAGCACACGCACCAAUAAAUGUGACCAACGUGUUUUUUAAA